CGUCCCGCCAGAUGUCAGCGUGUCCGUUGACAGUUGAUCCGCGCAAGUGCACCUCGUCAGAAUCGCCGUACCGUCGCCCCCGCUCCCGAGGCGCAGUCUCAGUUUUCAGUCCCACAAAGCGGUCAAAAACAGAUGAGUCUCAAUUGCGAUCCGGUCUCGGCGAAGUAGUGAAGCACUAAAUCCGACCCCGAACAGCAGCCCCCUUGUGCCUAGGUGCCCAGACAAGGCGGGUGCAAACGCCGUGCCCCUCGUCCACGCUGCACCGCUGAACGCAGUUCAAUAACAUUGCAGAUGAGCCGUUAGGUGAUAGUGCAGUGCGAGCGAACUCCGGACAUGCUAGGUUAGGUGCUCUCAGGCGGACCCAGUGCCGAAGUCGGUGUGUUUCAUGGUGCGAUCUGUGGGUUAUGCGCUGCUGAUGGAAGACGAUUGUUGGUGCGGUGCCCUGGCCAUAAACGCACGGGUUGUGCGCUUUCGGGAUACGAAACCUCUAUAAUGUCGGGGAGUCUGAUGAACGAGGAGCACAAGUCGCCUAGGGAAAGCGGCGAGGACUCUGAAGACGAAAGCGAAAUCCUGGAGGAGAGCCCCUGCGGCCGGUGGCUGAAGCGGCGAGAGGAGGUGGAACAAAGAGAUGUGCCUGGAAUCGACUGCGCCUACUUGGCCAUGGAUACAGAAGAAGGAGUCGAAGUCGUUUGGAACGAGGUUCAGUUUUCCGAACGUAAAAACUUUAAGAACCAGGAGGAAAAAAUUCAACUCAUUUUUGAGAAUCUCACGCAACUCGAGCACCCAAACAUUGUCAAAUUCCAUCGGUACUGGACCGAUACCCACAACGACAAGCCUCGGGUCAUAUUUAUUACGGAGUACAUGUCGUCAGGUUCCUUGAAACAGUUCCUCAAGCGUACGAAGCGCAACGUGAGAAGGCUGCCGCUCCCGGCGUGGCGGAGAUGGUGCACACAAAUCCUCUCCGCUUUAAGUUACUUGCAUUCCUGUUCUCCGCCAAUCAUCCACGGCAAUCUGACCUGUGAUACCAUAUUUAUACAGCACAAUGGCCUCGUCAAGAUUGGAUCAGUGGCUCCCGAUUCCAUAAACCAUCACGUUAAAACAUGCCAGGACGAUUUCAAAAAUAUGCAUUUCAUUGCACCAGAACAUCCUAGCACGAUGGGCCCCCCCAUGGACAUCUACUCGUUCGGCAUGUGCGCGCUGGAGAUGGCCGCCUUGGAAAUCGUCGGCAACGGCGACUCCGGCAACAAAGUGACGGAGGAGAACAUCAAAAAGACGAUCGAUUCUCUGGAGGACGAGCACCAGAAGGACUUCAUCCAGAAGUGCCUCCAGAAGAAUCCCAACGACAGGCCCACGGCGAGGGAGCUCCUGUUCCACCCGCUCCUCUUCGAAGUGCACAGCCUGAAGCUCCUCUCGGCCCACUGCUUGGUCAAGAGAUCUGCGAACAUAUCUGAAACGAUAACAGAUGAGUUGAUGCAGAGGUGGUACGGCCCUGAUAUGAUAGUCGCCGAAAUCAGGCGCAAGUCCGGGCCACCGAUCCAGAUGAAGAUGUCCGAUAUUCCGAUUACGGAAAAACUCGAGAAGUUCGUUGAAGACGUCAAGAACGGCAUUUAUCCUUUAACGGCCUUCGGUGCCAAGCAACCCCCUCCGGCCCGAUCCAGGGCGAUAUCACCGGAAAUGGCGGAAUCGGUCAAGUCCGUCACCCCGGAACCUAUGGACGUAGAAAAUAGGAAAAUUGUCAAUAUGAUGUGCGACAUCAAACCCAAAGAAGAGAGCUGUGAUUUAUUGUUGACGAUUGUACUCCGCAUGGACGAUAAAAUGAAUCGCCAUUUGACUAGUUGUAUUACGCAGACGGAUUCUCCGAAAGGUUUAGCUCAAGAGUUGGUACAUUAUGGUUUCAUAAACGAAGAGGAUCGAGACAAGAUUGCUGUCCUAAUAGGAGAGACGUUAAAGGACUGUUCCGGCCGUAGUAGUCCAAGUAGACUUUUCCAGCCCUUAUCGCAUAUGCCCCCUCCCCAACCGGCCUUGGUGAAUGCAGCGCUACCUUUGACGGCUGUCAAUUCCACACCUACUCAAGUGCCCAUGCACUCCACUAGUUAGUAAAACAUAGAUACUGCCAAUGCACUUUCAUAUUUCUAAGAUGUCAAAUACAAUAGUUGAAAGUUUAGAAAAACAAAAAAAGAAAGAACACAAUUAUUUACCAUAUAAUAAUAAUAAUAAAUAAAUAAAAACAGUGUCUGGACUAACUAGACUCGAGAAAAACCAUACUGAAGUCGCGGAAAAAUUGCAGGGAUUACGGACAGCUAGCUUUGGGAUAUCGUCGCAGGUAAUCGGGGGGAGCGGUGCGAGAGAUGGUUUCCUUGCGGCGAUAUCCGGACGAGUGAUAAUACGUAGUGACAUCAUCAUCUAAGCUUAUUAGGCCGCCUGCAUUUUUCCAAGCUAGGUUCAUGCCUUAAACAAUAAUUUGGGUUAGUCUAAACGACGUCAUUACGAUAGAGUUAGAAAGAAGAAGACUGUUAAAAAAUGCUGGACAUUACACUAGUCAUGUGACCACGUGUUAAUCUGUGAUCAGAGCUUCAAUGACAUAAACGCUGGACUGUUUUAUCAUAGAUUUUCAUAAUGUUGUAUGUGAUCUGUUUAUGAUGAUGAUAAUUUUUUAUAACUCCUAGGCCGCGCCCGCAGAAUCUUGUUUCAUUGUUAGUUGAAUUUUUUUAGUACUAAGCCAGAGGAGACGGUUUAGCUUCUGUUAUUAUUGUGAAAUACUCGUGUCGCAAAUGCAUUAUGAUUUGCCCCUUGAGACUGAUGUAAUUAUUUAGAGAAUUAAGGAAAAAUGUGAAAAAGAUAUAGUGCUAGUUGUUGCAGGACUGGACCAAUUGUACGUGAUCGAGGUUAGGUUCGAACUUGUCGGGAGGGACGCUCUAACUAAACAAACAAAUUUACGUCAGCCGCUUCCAUCACUUUCAGUUUGAAAUCGAUUGUUGUUUAAUUUUUGAUUUUUCGAAAUUCGGGCCUAAGUUUUGUGUUUUUUCUUUAUCGGUUUCGUUGACGUAAAUGGGUUUAUUCAGUAUCGAGGUUUUAUGAUGAAGCAACUGUAUAUAGGUUAUACGCUACAUAUUGUAUGAAAUUGUAGAUAAUGGAUUUUUUUAUUGAGAAUUUAGAGAGUAAGGAUAUUAUUUAUUUGUAUAAGAGUAAAUAAGAUUGAAAGCCCUGUUAGAGGUCCCGUGUGAUAAUUCGCUCAAAGUCUGGAUGAUGGCUAACCUGUGUAUGUUAUUAUAUUUAGUCGGUUAUGCUUUGCCCAUCCAUUUUCCAGUAUAGCCGCGCAGUCUUUCCGUUAUCGAAAGAAAGAGAAUGUUCACCCUCACAGCUUCUUCACUGUAAACCUCUUAAAGAAAACACAUUCAAGAUACAAUUAUUGUUCUUCCUUAGAGAAAACGAACACAACGUGCAGAGAUCGUUUUAAUUUGUCAACGUUCGUAUUUUAGGAUGUUUUCGUUUUCAGUUAGUGAUAUUAGAGACUAUUAUGAUUUUUUUAUACUUAUUUAUUUCUCAUUUGUUACCUAUAGCUUGUUAUACAGACUUAUAUAUAAUCGAUUCUUAUUGCCAUCAUAAAUUAGCUUGUUUAUGAUUUAGAUUUAGUCAUGCCUCUGCAUGUUUGUUCAAUAUUUAGCUCACAUUGAGCAAGUGUAUAUGAAAUUCUAUAUUGAAUGCUAACGGAGACUUUGCAUUUAAAAAAAGCUUCUGCCAAACACGUCAGCGCUGUACUCUACGGGACGGUCCAGAGAACGGUAUCCCAUUCGGCUGCACCGAACGGCGCCAAAUAGUUUUGCGCAAUCUUAAAGUGCCACUGAGUGGCGUACUGUCACUGGCCGCUCCACUGUUUCAUAUAAUUUCAUUUAAGUUGUGUUUAUUUGUAUUGUAAUAUCACCAAUUCUUUACUGUAUACCUAAUUUAAAUAAAGAUGCAAUACGGACAAUUUUGUAA